AUGAUAGAUCAUGUUCUAGGGCGACCUUCUGUAAAGUUUCGUAAGAUACAAGUUUUGGCUGUGGUUUCUUUCUGGUCGUUCUACCUUUUCAAAGGGAACAGAGAUGGUCCACCAAAACUUAGAAAACUAUCCCGUCUACUCGAAAAAUAUCUCACACCAUGGCAAACUCUUGUCAUAACCCUCCUCUAUCUUUACAUCGCACGAAAUUUGGGAAAGCUCGUUGGACUUGAAUGCCCGGAGCCGUUGGCAAACCUAUAUACGAGAUCAUACUUUCGAGCAACAUGGGUUACCACAGCUUUGGAUGCGGGUUUUUGGAGUGCCAUGCGUAUAAGGCGGAAGUGGAUACGUGAUUUGGCUGGUGUCGUAUUCACAUUUUAUUAUCUGAUUGCUGCCGAGCAAGCCGAUGAAAAAGUACGAAAAGUCAGAGGGAUGUUGACCGUGGACCAUUUGAGAGUUAGCUGGAAUAAAGGAACAACUCCAUACCUGGGAUUUUUGUCGAAUCUAUUACGACCACGGUUCAUGAGAUAUCCACCUAGGGCGAUUCGAAUACCGAGACCAUCGAGUAGUGAUUACAAAGAACCAGUUAAUGGGUGGUUAUUCUUUGAUGGACCACUAUCAGCUUUGAAAAAUCAUACAAAAGUUGUUUUGGAUAUCCCGGGUGGAGGAUUUGUGGCAAUGGAUCCAAGAACGAAUGACGACAAGUUAUUUGCAUGGGCAGGGAAGACUGGAUUGCCAGUGUUGAGUUUGGACUAUAAGAAGGCUCCAGAGUUUCCAUAUCCUUACGCACUGAACGAAUGUUACGAUGUCUACAGUACAAUAAUCGCUAGUCGAGGACGUUGUGUAGGAUUAUCCGGAGAUGUAGUACCAAAGGUUGUCAUUACGGGAGAUAGCGCCGGCGGGAAUCUAGCUGCUAGCACUACGUUGAUGAUUAUUGAAUCCGGGAAAACAGAUGCUCGACAAUUCAUGGGACAAGGAAGACUUCCGAUUCCAGAUGGCUUAGUUCUCAUUUAUCCUGGGCUGGACAUGAACAUUGGAAAUUGGAUGAGUGAUGAACAGAUGAGUUUGAUUAAAGAAAAGAAAUAUAGGAAGACUAAUAAAGGGAUCAUCCAAAGAAAGAGUAUGCAAUAUACUUUGGCAGCAGGAACACCUCAUCAAAGUGAAGAUGAGGAUGAAAGUCCACCGAAAUUGCCCUCGCCACUGGCUAGCAGAGAAGAAACCACAGAACUUUCUCCUGGAAAACCAUCUAAAAUUUCACUACCCUCUCCUCAAUAUAGUACGGCUGCUCCUACAAUCCUUUCCCCGUCUUUAACGAGAACUCCGGCGAAUAUUGAACCAUUGACUCCUUCAACAUCUCACCAUCCAGCACCUCUACGCACUCGUCUUGCCAUGUCAUCAAUGAUAUCAUACUUUAACGAUCGUAUCCUUACUCCCGAAAUGAUGCGUGCCAUGAUAAUCCUCUACAUAGGUCCUCACAAUCGUCCUGACUUUUCAACCGACUAUCUUCUAUCUCCGAUUCUAGCACCUGAUUCAUUACUAGCUCAAUUCCCUAAAACUUACUUUAUCACUGGUGAACGAGAUCCCUUAGUAGACGAUACCGUUAUCUUUGCCGGAAGAUUAAGACGCUGUCAGGGGGAAGAUGCCGCAGAAGUUAUGUUGAUUCCGGGUAUCAGUCACGGGUUCUUACAAUUUGUCGGAAUCUUUCCUGAAGGUUGGAAAUAUAUUUUCCAAUGUGGAAAGUGGAUGCAAGAAAUUUUCAAUGAAUCAGAACAGAGAGAUCUUGCGAAAGCAAAUGGAAAAGAGAGACAUCAUAGGAGGACUAGAACGGAAAGUUCGGGGGAUGAUGAUAUGGGACUUGAAAUGAGGAUGAGUUUCAGCGGAAAGGGCAAAGGGCCAGGGGAUGUGAAUGGAAAUGGCGAGAGAAGAAGAAAGGAAAAACUUCUGAGAGAAGAAAUUGGGAGUGGGGAGAGAGGGAGAACGAGGUUAAGAGGGGGACUCAAGAGACAGAAGAGUAUGGUCAGUUUGGCUAGUGAGGAUGAUCUCUUGGGAAGGAGAAUGUUAGGAUUGGUGGGGGGUUGA